GAGACGGACUGCACGUUCUACUUUCACUUUGAACAACAUGGCGGGAGGGGAGAUGUCGGCGGAGUUUAUGAAAUAUCGCUCGCCUCUUGUGUCACGCUAUGCCAGUCCAGAAAUGGCAUUCAACUUUAGUGAGAUGAAGAAAUUCACAACAUGGCGUCGACUAUGGACAUAUCUGGCAAAAUCAGAAAAGGCUUUGGGACUCACUAUUACAGACGAACAAAUCUCAGAGAUGGAGAACAAUCUCGAAAACAUCAACUUUGAGCUGGCAGCCUCAGAGGAGAAGAAAUACCGACAUGAUGUUAUGGCCCAUGUUCACACAUUUGGAGCGUGCUGUCCAAAAGCUUCUCCUAUCAUUCACCUUGGAGCGACCUCCGCUUAUGUUGGAGACAACACUGAUCUGAUUGUGAUGAGAGAUGGCUUUCAUAUUCUUCUCCCAAAGCUUGCUCGCGUGAUCAAACGUCUGGCGGAUUUUGCAGAUAAACAGAAAAGUUUGCCUUGUUUGGCCUACACCCAUCUACAACCAGCCCAGCUUACAACUGUAGGAAAGCGGGCGUGCUUGUGGAUUCAGGAUUUACUGAUGGACCUCCGUAAUCUGGAGAACGCCAGCGACAACAUCCGAUUCCGCGGAGUGAAAGGAACCACAGGAACACAGGCCAGCUUCCUAAGUCUGUUUGAGGGAGACGAUGAGAAGGUUGAGGAGCUGGAUAGAAUGGUGACAGAGAUGGCAGGUUUCAAACAGACCUACAUGGUGUGUGGACAGACCUAUUCCCGUAAGGUGGAUGUGGAUUGUCUCAAUGUGUUGGCCAGUCUCGGAGCCUCUAUCCACAAGAUCUGUACAGAUAUAAGGCUAUUGGCCAAUUUCAAAGAACUGGAAGAGCCAUUUGAAAAAGAUCAAAUAGGUUCCAGUGCUAUGCCAUAUAAGCGUAACCCGAUGAGGAGUGAGAGGUGCUGUGCUCUGUCUAGACAUCUGAUUUGUCUGGUACAGGAUCCACUGAUGACUGCCUCCACCCAGUGGAUGGAGAGAACACUGGACGACAGUGCCAACAGGAGAAUCAGUCUUCCUGAGGCCUUUCUGACAGCGGACAUUAUACUGAGCACUCUACAGAACAUCUCAGAGGGACUUGUAGUGUAUCCCAAGGUGAUAGAAAGAAGAGUAAACCAAGAGUUACCUUUCAUGGCAUCAGAAAACAUCAUUAUGGCCAUGGUCAAGGCUGGAGGAGACAGACAGGAGUGUCAUGAACAGAUCCGAGUGUUGUCUCAGGAGGCAGGGCGUGUUGUAAAACAAGAGGGCGGGGAUAACGACCUGGUGGACCGGAUCAGGAAGUCGGACUACUUCAAACCGAUUCACAGCCAGCUGGAAGCUCUGUUGGACCCCGGGACCUUUACAGGACGGGCUCCCAGACAGGUGACAAAAUUCAUUGAAAUGGAAGUGACACCAAGUUUACAGAAAUACAUGGACAAACUAAAAGAGGGAGGGAAAGUGGAACUCCAGAUCCUGAGUUCUGAUAUACAACAUCAGAUCAGGGCGGUACUGUAUGGACAAUGUGUAGGGGACGCCCUAGGACUUCUCACCGAGUUCCUGACCAAAAAGGAGGCCAAACAGUACUUUGGUAAAUUGAAGGACUGUUUGGAGUUCGAACACAAGUCCCUUGUAGACAACCCGCACCAGAACCGCUGGAACGUGGGGGACUGGUCUGACGAUUCAGAUCAGACCAUUCUUAUACUCAUCUCACUCACCGAGAACAAGGGAGAGGUGAACUGUAAGGACAUCGCCCGUCGAUUCCUGGACUGGAUGAAAAGAGGAAUCCCCGAGCUGGGGGAUUAUGUGGGGAUGGGGAUCGGUGCGACCACUGACCGGGUCAUACACCACAGGAGCUUUCUGGAUGACCCCAUGGCAGCUGCAGAGUGUGUGUGGAGGGAGGGGCAGGGUAAGGUGGCACCUAACGGAGCCGUGAUGCGGACCAGCGUCCUUGGGGUCCAUCGAUUCCACGACAUGGAUCACGUGACCAAGAACGCAGCGGAUGUCGCCAAAAUCACACACUUCGAUCCCAGAUGUCAGACUUCUGCUGUUGCUGUGUCCGUUGCGAUAGCAAUGAUGCUGCAGAAAAAAGAGCGCCAUUUUAACAAGACAGGAGGUUAUAAUAUUCCGGCUAUCAUCCAAGACAGCUAUGACAUCGCCGUGAAAUUUAUCGAGAUCGAGGAACAGAAACGUGAACUACUAAGCUGUAUGAAGUGUUCUGACCUGAAACAACUUAAGCUUGACGAAUCCGGAAAGAUCGGCUACACGUUUAAGACCCUUGGCUCUGGAUUCUGGGCACUCAAGCAGAACGACUUCCGGAAAGCGAUAACUAAAAUUGUCUUACAGGGUGGCGAUGCGGAUACAAAUGCCUGCGUAGCAGGGGCAAUGUUGGGAUGUAAACUCGGGGUAGAGGCCAUACCUGAGUCCUGGAAAAACAAUCUGAAACACAAGGACUGGUUAGACCAGCAAGUACAGAAAUAUUUUGCGAUGCUCAAAGAAAUGGAGGAUAUGAAGGCAUAGCAUGUAACAACCUCUUGAUACACUAUUCACAGUGUAUGUAGGAAUACCAAUUGCAACUACCUCAUCAAUUAUGCUGGAA